AUGGCUACCGCAAUGGCGAAACGCCUCGAGGGCAAGACAAUCCUUGUGACAGGAGCAUCAUCUGGGAUUGGCAAAAGCACAGCAAUGGAAUUCGCUCGAACCUCGCCUAAAAGUCUUAAGCUGGUUCUGACUGCGCGGAGGAUUGAUACUUUGAAAGUGAUUGCAGAGGAGAUCAAGGAAGAAGUUGGCUCAGGGGUCCAGGUACUGCCAGUGAAGUUGGACGUCAGCAACCCGAGUGAGGUGAAGGGCUUUGUAGAUUCAUUGCCGGCACAAUUCAGGGACAUUGAUGUCUUGGUAAACAAUGCUGGUCUCGUCAAAGGCACAGCAAAGGCUCCAGACAUAGCUGAUGAAGACAUCGAUGUCAUGUUCUCCACCAACGUCACUGGCUUGAUCAACAUGACUCAAGCCAUUCUUCCCAUCUACAAGAAGCGUGAGGAUGGAGGACGAGGAGACAUAAUCAACAUUGGGUCGAUAGCGGGCAGAGAAGCAUACCCUGGCGGCUCGAUCUACUGCGCAACAAAGGCGGCCAUACGAAGUUUCACAGAUGCCAUGCGAAGAGAGCUGAUUGCUACGAGGAUAAGAGUGAUGGAAGUAGAUCCAGGCCAAGUGGAGACCGAGUUUUCCGUCGUACGGUUUUAUGGCGAUAAAGCCAAAGCAGACGCGGUCUAUGCCGGCUGCGAACCACUCACUCCUGAUGAUAUUGCCGAAGUCGUGGUAUUCAAUGCAGCGAGAAGGGAAAAUGUUGUCGUAGCUGAUACGCUUAUCUUUCCAAAUCACCAGGCCGCGGCCACGGUCAUGCACAAGAAGUCGUGA